GCGCUCGGUUCUGUUGAACGCGCCCAAUCUGUGUGCGCCACAAUGUAUACACAUGUUCCAAACUAAACACAUCCAUUUAAUCCAUUAACGACUAUUGCGAUUAUAACACCAGUUCCGCACAGUUCUGUAUGUGAAUACUGUGUGUACGUUCGUGACAUUUUCCACCGCAAACUUCUUUGUUAUUUUCGAUUACUCAUUGAUUAAUUGCGGUGUUUGGAGUAAAUUCAUAACGAACUUUGUGUGAUUUGUUUCUAUUUUUGUCAUUUAUUUUACUUUCCUCGCACGCCAUAAUAAACAAUGUCUACAAAAUCCACAGUGGAUUUGCGAACAGAACUGGCCGAGUUAGUAAAACGUAAAGCCGAAAUCGCAGAUACAUUAGCUGGUUUAGAACGUCAAAUAUAUGCCUUUGAAGGAAGUUAUUUAGAGGAUACACAAGUAUAUGGAAACAUAAUCAGAGGUUGGGAUAGAUACUUAGCAAGCAACAAAACUACUAACAGUAAAGCUGAUAAACGCAACAGAAAAUUUAAAGAAGCUGAGAGAUUAUUUUCUAAAUCAUCUAUUACAUCCAUGGCAGCUGUUACAGGACUUGUAGAGAAUACACAAGAAAAAAUUGAACGAUACAGCGAGUCGGAGUCUCAGAUUGGAAAUAGUGGCAGCGAAGACAAUUGCAACUUUGGCAAUUCGAAUGCAAUUCCUUCCGGCAAUAAUAAUAAAGAAACUAGUGGAAAAAAUCAUACUUCUAUUCAAACAGGAUACGUUCAAAAUAAUGGCACUAUUAAUAGCUCGGAUAAUACUUCAAUUCAAUUUACAAAUGGAUCAAUGACUAAUGGCAACUUAGAACAUGUUGCUACACCUAUCAAAGAAUCCCAUAAUAAUAGCAAAGACCCUAAUAAAACUAAAUCUACAAAUAGUGCAAAAAAGAAUAGUAAUAAAAGAUCUAGAAAUAGGUAGAAUUGUUCUCACACAUAUAUAUGUGACGCUAUAAAUAAAAAGUUUGUUUUUCAUAUAUUUUAUAUAAAUGAAAGCAAAAUUUUGUUUGUAUUUGUUUUUUAUAUAGAUGAUUUGUUCAUGUGUAAUAUCAAGAUGUUAAUUUUAUGAGUAAUAGAACAAAGCGUUGCCAUUGAAAUUGUGUGUGCACGUGUGUAUAUACGAAUACAUAUGCAUACACACAUUCAUACACAUGUUAUUUCUGCCUUUUAUUAAAUAAAUUA